CAGUGGUUUCUGUGCACAUUCAUUCCUGAAGGUGUUUUCUAUAGACAAAAAAUAAUGUCUUACAGAAUAGUUAACUGCUUGUUUAUCUUUUAUAAUUCGUACCAUCCUUGCUCCAUCUCUCUUUCUGUAUCUCUCUCACUAUGUUAAAAUCUUUUAAUUACAGAAGACUUGUACACAUCAAUAUACAGAAAAUACAUUGUUCCCAGUGGAAGACCUGAGAAAUAUUUGCAUGUCGUUGAAUGUUAAGCUCUAAAUUGUCACUCUUUGACCAUUGUGAAUGAAGGAAUAAACUCUGCCUCACAAUAUAUAUCUGCUGCUACUCUCUCCAUUUCAAAGAAUCAUUACAGCCAAUUUGGAACAUUGGAAAUUAGUCUAGUGAUUCCAACUGAUUGUAAGCAAUGGAGGCUUUGUGAUGUCAUAGGUAUGACAUCACUUCCAGGCAGCUGAAGACCUCCUGCUGACAAUCGCAACAGAAAGUGAUGCCUUGGCAGGUAUUUUGGAUAAUAGUCCAAAUCAUCACAAUAGUCCAAGGCUGCCUGAAGUGCAGCAACGAUGCCAUGGCAAUUAAGCAGGAUUUUAGAAAUCGCUUCCUGGCAAAGAAACUCCGUAAGGAGCCUGACCAGAAAAAAAAGUUGCAGCGUCUUCUGGACAAUGUCGUUGAUGGCCUAUCACAUACUCGCAUAAAUCCCAAAAAAUACAUGGCUGUGAUUGAUGAACUCACACUUGGAAGAAUUGCAGCUCACUUCAAACGUUUUGUAAACCGAAUAACGGAAAAUGACUUUCAAGAUGGGCAGCUUUUUAAUGAGGUGACAUGGGGCCUUCAGAAACUGGUAGCUACUUUUGAGGAGAUAAUGCCACAAUUUACAAAAUUGAUAUGCAGCAAUGAGUGUGGUAAAUUGAUAUAUUCCUUUAUCAACUGCUACUCCUGUCAAACAAAUACCUACACCUGCAUCAAGGGCAUCUAUUGUGGAGAGAGGAGGAUACAAGUCGAUAUGGAUGAAGAUCUGAUUCUGGACUGUGCUCUGAGGUGGCACAAAGUGUACCACGGUGUGAAGCAAUAUAGGUUCUUCCGGGUGGUGAAUGGCAAACAGCAGCUGAUGGCAAGUGGCACAGAUUCCUUUCUGGUGAAGAAAGAAGUGAAUCACAAUGACACAGGCAGAUACCGGUGUGAAAUGCUGGAUCCAAACGGAGAGCCUGCCAGCCGACUUGAUUUCCAAGUAACAGUACUGACUCCAGUUGGGAAGACCACCUGGUUCACGCGGCCACAUCUAACUCCUAUGGAAGGCCCCUUUGCCUUAGGGGUCUCCUCCAGAGAACCACCGCCCCAAGAAGACUGGACAGCUUGGAUCGUGAUUGCGGUCACAGGAGGGCUGCUUUCCCUGGUUGUUGUUGCCUUUGUGUGUUAUUAUCGUCAUAAGAACAAGAAAGAUGAGAAGGAGCAGGAGGAGGAGGAGGAGAAAGAAAAUGAAGAAAAGGGAGAGAAUGAAGAAAAAGGAGAGAAUGAAGAAGAGGGAGAGAUUGAAGAAAGUGAGAGUGAGUCUUGAGUAGGUGGAAAUGAGAAGCUUGUUCUAUCUUCAAGGUUCAUUUAUGGCAGAUCUUCCUUACAUUGUACUUGCCCUUUGAAUUCAUUUAUUUAUUAAUAUAUUUAAAGACUGGUAUAUUUUACUAAAUAAAGACUUUAAGAAUUAUGUUUGACUUCUCAGGUGGCUUUAGGCUUAUUGG